UCCUCGCCCGCGGCAGCCCGCGCCCGAGCAGGCGGGAGAGCUGCGGAGACCUUCCCCCGGGCGCCCCCGCUGCCUCGGCACCAGCAACAGAGCGACUUCGACGUCCCGGCUCGGUAAGGGCCGCGAGGGGGGUGAGGCGGCCGGGGCGCUCCGUCCUGCGCCCGCUUUCCCGUGGGGCAACUGCCGGCGACACCGCUUCCUCUUUUCCUCAUCGCUUCUCCAAGUCCCGUGCAUCGCUCGUAGCUCCCUUCUCCCGUUAGAGCUAGAGCUGACGCCACGUCCACACCGCUGCAAGAGCCGCCACGCAGAGCAGGUGUUGCUGUGAACCCUCCGUGCCAGAUACCCCUUCUCCUACUUGUACUUCCCGUUCCUCCGCACGGCAGACGACCUCCAGCACGCUCAAAGUGACCGAAGCGGGUAGGAGGACCCUGAACGGAAGCAUUUUUCUGCAGGAGCAAGUCCGGAGGGGGGACAGGAGGGACAUUCGGAUGCCGGCGCGCCCUGGUACUUCAGCGUCAUUUCCGAGAAGGAACAGCAUCUGAUGGCACUGGGAGAGGAGAUUAAUCGUCUCUCACAGUACGAGACGGAGUGUGCAAGGAAGGACAGCAUGAUCUCUGUCCUCCGAGAAGAGGUGGGGAGUCUGAAGCAGCAGCUGGACCUGCUCAAGGACGCUGCUGUCACAGAGGCGUAUACAGAAACGGAACAAAAGAGCCCAAGUAAAGAAGUCGCUGAAGAAGUUCUCAGUGACGUGGAUGCUGAAAGGGCCUUUCAGGAGCAGCCAGAAGCAGAGGGGCAGGCAGUGAUGGCUAAGGUCACUGAACUCCAGAAAGCCAACCAAGAGCUCUGUGAAGAACUGCAGAAGGCAAAAAAUGACUACGACAUGGCCACAGGUGCUAUCUCUUCCUUGCAAAGACAACUGGAGAUCCAAGAAUCCCAGCUUCGGAGAACCAAAUCUGAAAAGGAAAUGCUCCAAAAGGAGCUCAGAGAGCGAGAGAAUCAGCUACACGCUAUGUCUACCAAGUUUUGCAACCUGAGGGAAGAACGGAAACAUGAAGAAAUGAUGGCAACAAUAGAGAAGGAGAACUGCAGUCUUCGACAGACCGCUGCAAAACAAGAAUCCAAACUGGCCGAGCAGAACAAGCUGAUCAGUGAUUUGCAGAGCACAGUCAGCCAGCUGCAGGCAAAGGUUCUGCUCCACGAAUACCACAUCCGAGAGCAGCAACGGGCACAGGAGGCCAUCCAGAGCCAAGCUGACGCACUGCAGCACAUGGAGCAGCAAACUAGAGUAGCACUCCAAUGCAUCACCAGCAGGUUUGAAAGAUAUCGAAGCAAAAUAAUUCAGGCCACGUUCAGUGCUGCAGGCAGCAAGUCUCCCCAGGCAGAACUGACUGAUGAGGAGGUGCUGGAGGCAAUGCAGAAAAUUAUUAACGAGCGGAUGGAGUUCCACCAGAUGCUGAAACAGAAAGGUGUCAAGGUCCCACCUCUCUACAGCCUCGACACGUCUACUUCAUCCUCUACCAAUUCUAAGAGCAGCAGAAAGAGUCCCUUAAAGUAGUAUCUUCUGGUGCCUGAAAACAAAUCCUAAUAGCUGAGUCAGUCUGAACACGUCACCACCUUCAGGCUCCUGUGGUUUUGUUUUCAGACAGUGACUUACUGACAAAUUAAACUGUUCGUAUUCGACCUAAAUCAAGUUCUGCAGGAAUAUCUAAUUGGAUUGUUUUCUGACAGAUGAAACUGAGGACUCAGAGCACAAUUCACUGUAAGUCAUUAGUCGUAGGACUAUUCCACUUCACAAGGGGAGUUAAGUACUACUUAGCACUGAUCAGAUAAAAGUAACUAGGAGAAGUUAAGUUACCAUUUUUGUGGCAUACAAUAGCUGCUUUGGCGAGUUCACUUCACUGUUGUCAACUGCCCUCCUUUUCCAUAUAAUCACAAAUGCGUAAGGAUGCAUCGCUAAGCUUCUCUAAUUAGGAUCAGGUCAGUCUUGCAAACCUGCCAAAAUUUAGUAGUCCGAUCCAUGUCUUUUAGGAGAGUUAAGACAGCACUGAUAUAAAAAUACACUAGAGAGAUCACCAGUGCCAAGCUCAAAAUUCAGUAGCUGGUGAUCCUUCUUUGCCUUGGCAAACUCCCAGUCCAAGCUUUAUGCUACUUCCCAUUUCACUGCCCAUUUUCUUCCCUAUGUUUGAUGGGACAAAAUACACCCUCACCAAGUCUGUGGAUGAGACCAAACUCAGGCCAGGAGGAAUGAAGAAACAGGCUGAAAGAAGUCUCAUGAAGUUCAAAGACAAAUGAAGGUCUUGCACCCGGGACAGAAUAAUUCUCAGGAAACUGUAUAGGCUGGGGGACAAACUGCAUAGGGAACUGAUUAUGAGUUUGAUUUGUAUAGCUACAAGUGGAAAAUUCACCAAUGCUGAAACAAGUGACUGUGACAUUAUCACUGCAACAAUCAUUUUAUUAUUCCAUUCAAUUUGCAAAACCCAAAUUGUGAACAUAUUUGUCAAAGUAUCUGGAAGUUCAGUUAGAGCUUU